GGAGGCACACAAAGAUUUCACUUGGUCGGUGGUCUUCUUCAGACUGUACGUGUAAAAUCUGAGGUAUAUGUCGAGUAUUCCUUGUGAUCACUACUGGCUUCUACCGACCAGAUUCCUCAUGGCAUUGCUCACGGUUUUGUUGGGAACAAAGGAGGUCAUACCAUGACAUGAUUUGUGGAAACGCUGAUAACCUGGUAAUGGGUGGGGAGCUUUCUGACAAUGCCAACAGCAAUCACCAUUACAAAGAAGCCAUUGGAGGACAGGGAACCUCCAGAAAAAAUGAGGACAACCUGUGCCAGAGUGAUCAGAAAUCCUUCAAGACCUCUAACCAUAACCACAAAACUAUCCACAGCAGCAGCACAAAUCCCAAGCACUUCUCUGACAACUCUUCAGAAAGAAUAGAGAUCAAAGAGAGCAACUUCCAGCUCAUCAUGCAGAAGAGAAGCUCGAGGGACAAUGGCAGUAUUAUUCGAAACUGCAGAGAAGAUCAAACCACACAGGGGAGUUCUUGUUCCAAACGAUUGUAUUCUGCCAGUGAAAUGUUUGCGUUUUGGGAGCUUAAGCAAUCUGAGAGAACACAAAACAUCUCCAAUCUUAAUGUGUCCCAAAACAGCAACUUUUCCGGCAGGGUGCAAUCCAUUAAAUUGACCAAGAAGUCAUUUGAUCAAGAUCAUGUGAUACAGAAGGAUUUUCGCCCACAAGCUAGUGGUUCCAACAUUGAUGAGGAUGAGGUCAAUGAAGAACAGCGGACCUAUACAAGGACUGUUACCAUGCAGAGAACACGUAAAAGAGACCUCUUUUCAGAUUCAAGGAUUUUCUUUCAAAUAGAUAGGCACGUCCUCCGUGUGAGUCAGAAGAUUAAAUCAGACAGCGAAUUGUCAGUCCAGCAGAUUGUCCACCAGAUCCUGAACGUAGCUCAAACUGAGUUGGAGAAAAUUCGAGCCAUUUGGAUCUGGCUGUGCAACAAUAUAGAAUAUGAUGUCAGUGGAUAUUUGGGUUUCUCAAAGAAGAUGCACACUCCUCAACAGGUGCUGCAGUCAGGGAAGGGUGUCUGCUCUGGCUACUCCAGCCUUUGCCAAGAAAUGUGUAGACAGGCUGGGAUAACAUGUACUGAGGUUUCAGGACACGGAAAGGGAAUUGGAUAUAAUCUCGGACAAAGCUACCAGCACAAGAAGUCAAGCCAUAUGUGGAAUGCUGUGCAGGUGGACAAGCAGUGGUACCUACUGGAUGCAUGCUGGGCCGCAGGCGUAGUCGACAUGGAGCGUGGAGUCUUUAUUCAGAGAUAUGAUGAUCACUAUUUCCUAGCGGACCCGGAAGAAUUUAUAGAGUCCCAUUGGCCAGAUGAUCCAAAAUGGCAGCUAAUGGAUUCUGUGAUCUCAUUGGAAGACUUUGAACAACAGGUUUUUAAAACAUCUGCAUUCUAUAGACUUGGGCUUUCACUUGUCUCCCCAAAGAAGUUCCUACUCCAAACAGUAAAUGGUGAAGCUGCAGUGAGCUUGGGAAGUGCUCACACAGUGGAAUUCAGCUACAGUAUAACUGAGCUCGGUAAGAGCCACCUGGGGAACAUUGACACCUCUUGUGGAAUAAUGAGGGUGACGCCAAACGGGAUGGAGCUCAGAGUCAUACCACCAUCGCGGGGCAAGUAUGACCUUAAGAUUUUUGGGAAGCCACUGGACUCCAAAGAGAGCUAUACCUGGAUCUGUUCUUAUCAGGUCGACUGCCCUGUGACAAAGGUUCAUGAAAGACUCCCAGCCAAUCCGUUCACUUUCUGGGGACUGCACUGGAGUGCCAAGUGCGUUGGCAUCAGCAGCUGUAGCUGCUCAGAAGGUUUUAUUAACGCACCAGAUGGCUGUGCACUGUUGCAUUUCCAAACUUCAAGACCAUUAUCAGCAACAUACAAAUUGAUUCACGGAGACUUAGAUAAUGAUGUGACCAAGAGGUGCAUUGUGUCUCAAAUAGGGGAAGGAAAGUUGGUUUGCAAAGUUGCAUUACUGGCUAAAGGCUACUGCAGGCUCUCUGUCUUUGUUAAGCCAUAUUACCGAGAAAGUUCUUAUCAGAACAUCUGCAACUGUCUUAUCGAUUGUCCAAACCCUGUCAAUCAAAAUGAACUAUUUCCUGAAAACUUGAGUAACCACUGUGGCCCUGGGAUAAGAACAAAAGAAAUUGGUUUUAGCAAAGCCAGUCACCCCGAACCUGUUAUAAACACACCACAUGGCAAGUGCAAUAUUACUUUCCAGACUGCCAAGGAUGUGGAAGUUACUGCAAAGUUAACCAGGGAUGAGGCAAGCACUGAGGACUGUCCUUUGCAAAGGCAUACCUUAUGUACUCAUACAAAAAACAAAGUGAGCAUUGGCGUUAGCCUUCCUGCUUCCGGAGUAUACAAGCUAGGGAUAUUUGUCAGGCCGGAAGAUGAAGAGGAUUUUGGACACGUUUGCGAUUAUGUUAUCCGGUGCUAUGCUGAAUCACAGUGGCCUCCAUUCCCUCAGACUUACAACAUGUGGAAGAAGGGGUGUGUCCUCUUUGAACCCAAGUCUGGUGUGCUCCCUUCCGACAAGUGGGUCAGGUUCCGAGUCCAUAUUCCUGGAGCUCAUCGAGUUUUCCUCAUUGGCGAGUCCAUGAACGAACUGCACCUCAGCAAGUCCCGAGUGUGGGAGGGCAACGUGUUCACGGGUUCGGCGGGAUCUCAGCUGAAGCUGUCCGCAAAACUCGACUGA